CGUGUAAGGUCCGCUUUAGCUACCAAUGCCGUUCCAAUCACGAUAGUGGAUAUUUUUCAUAUAAUUUAGCCAGAAGACAAACAAACUGUUUAUACUGCCGGGAAAAGCAAGAAAAAGGUUUGUUUGCACAAUUCCUUUGCAAUAUUACGAAAAUCUCCAUUCGUAGUAGGCUGUAGUAGUAGAACCAUUUCAUUUGUGCUGAGAAAAACUAAAAUGAUGAAUCACCACUGGUCGUUCAAUCUUAUUCGGGAUAUGAAAAAUUCUUCAAAUCAUAUCAUACGUACGGAAAAAGCCGUCGUUAUAUCGGACAAAUAUCCGAAGGCAAAGCAUCACUUUUUAGUGCUUCCCUGGAAGAACAUUGACACAAUUUACGAGCUAACUGAAAAUGAUAUUGAACUGCUUGAGGAAAUGCGUAUUUUGGGAUUAAAUGCGAUUGAAAAAACUUCAUUCCGGAAGGAAGAUUUUAAAAUGGGAUUCCACCACGAUCCAAGCAUGCGUCACUUGCACUUGCAUGUGAUCUCCAACGAUUUUAUUUCGGAUUCGCUCAAAAAAUUCAAACAUUGGAAUAUUUUUAACACAGACAUUUUUGUGCCAAUUGAAAGUGUUAUACAAGAACUAAGACAAAAAGGAAGAAUUGAUGUACCAGCAGGGGAGAAGAUACAACGGUUGAUGGAGGCGCCUUUAAAAUGCAACAAAUGUGAUUCUCAAUUCAAUUGGCUUCCAGAUUUGAAAAAACACCUUCUAAGACAUAUUUGAAAAUAAUU